GUUAGAGUUUAAAAGUGAAGAGAAAGAAAAGAAGCUUGCCGUUGCCGGUGAUGCUUCCGGAACAGCCACACCAUCUCCGGUGACUGUUCUGUACAUUGGGAAUCAAAGGCCCAGUUUCAUAUUCAAACCAUUCACUCAAUAAAAGGUUGGUUUUCACUUAUUGACCUUAAGCUCACGUGGGUUCCUUUUGUUUUGGCUUGGAACUUUGUGGGGCUCAGCUAAGUCUAUGCCUUGGUGUUACUUUGUACACCAAUUGACCAUACUAAUCACUUGGCUUCUCUAACCAUAAAGUUAUUGUUUUUCUUUUAUUGAAUUGUGGUUGUGAGAGAGAUUGGGGAAAAUUAUGAUUAGUGAAUUUUACGAUUCUUUUAGCUUUGAAGUGAUCAGGUUCCUGCAGUCUUCAUGCCUAAGAAGUUUGUUUCGUCAUUGAAUUUGUGGAGUGAUUCUUGAAUUAGUGUUCUUCUUCUGUGUCUUUUUCAUGUGUUGUUGACCAUGCAGUGCUUGAAAUGGUUUCUGGCUCUUCUUGAGCUGUGUGUGUUUGGCAGUGCUGCAUCGGGGUUUUCAUGAACUAUGUGUAGGUUAUCAAUUACCAUGUUGUUGAUGUUUGUGGCUUGAUUUCUUGGGGUAUUUUGAAGUGGGACGUCAUCAUCAUCAUUACCCUUGGCUUGAUACAUAAUCAAUUAAUAUGCGGGAUGCGGAGAAUUUAAAUAAGAAAGGAUCUGGAAAAUCCAGUUACUCAAAGGAACAGAUUAAGUCCAAGCUAUUUUCAUCAAAAUUAAAAGCAAGUAGCACAAAAAACAGAAGGAAGGAACACAAAGAGAAGUCAAGAUCUCAUAAACUCAGAGUUGGUACAAACACAUCAAAGAAAAGAGUUGCUGAUUCUUCUAUCAAGGCAUCACUUGAGGACUCUUCAAAUAAAAAAGUGAUUAUUAGAAAAACACUCCAUAAAACUGAUGGGAACUCUUCACGUAUGGUGUCUUCAACAAAGCUACAAGGAAGAAAGAAUCCUCAUAGUUCUAGAAAAGAGGGGAAUGGUGUUGAUGAAGAGGCAAAAAUUAAAAAACGUAAAAGGAACAAAAAGAAGAGCAGACAAAGAGACAGCAUAGAUCAUGACGAUGCUUCACGCCUUCGAAGGAGAACAAGAUACCUCUUAAUAAAAAUGAAGCUGGAGCAAAACCUUAUUGAUGCUUACUCUGGAGAAGGUUGGAAAGGUCAAAGUCGGGAGAAGAUUAGGCCAGAAAAGGAGCUACUAAGAGCGAAAAAGCAGAUUUUAAAAUGUAAACUUAGUAUUCGUGAUGUUAUACGCCAGCUGGAUUCUCUUAGUUCUGUGGGUAGCAUUGAAGAUUCUGUCAUUGCUCCAGACGGAUCUGUUUAUCAUGAACAUAUAUUCUGUGCCAAUUGCAAACUACAUGAAGCUUUCCCAGAUAAUGAUAUUAUACUCUGUGAUGGCACAUGUAAUCGGGCUUUUCACCAAAGAUGUCUCAAUCCUCCUUUGGAUACUGAAAAUAUUCCUCCUGGAGAUCAAGGCUGGUUUUGCAAGUUUUGUGAAUGUAAGAUAGAAAUUAUAGAGUCAACAAAUGCCCAUCUUGGGACUCAAUUUUCCUUGGACAGUAGUUGGCAGGAUGUAUUUAAGGAAGAGGCUGCUGUGCCUGAUGGUGAUAUUGCAUUACUAAGUCCAGAAGAAGAAUGGCCAUCAGAUGAUCCUGAAGAUGAUGAUUACAAUCCAGAGAGGAGAGAAGGCAGCCACAGCAUAAAUACAGAAGGUGCUGAUGAAAUUGCAUCCAAUGAUUCCACCAGUUCUUUGAGUUUGUGGUCUUUGAAUGAAGAAUGUCCUCCUGCUGAUGACAACCUUAGUCGACAAUAUUAUUCUGUCAAUAGCUUCAUUGAUUCUGAUGAAUCCGGGGAAAUAGCAUGCGGCCGUAGGCAGCGCAAAGCUGUUGACUACAAGAAACUGUAUGAUGAAAUGUUUGGGAAGGAUGCUCUACCUUGUGAACAACUGAGUGAAGAUGAAGACUGGGGCCCUGGCAAAAGAAAGCGAAGAGAAAAGGAGUCUGAUGCUGUUAAUACUCUAAUGACCCUACAUGAAAGUGAAAAUAAGCAUCCCAAUAAUGAGAGUAGUGAUAGAAUAAGAGAGGGCUCUUCCGGCCUACAAAUAAGAAGAUCUUGUUUCAGAAUUCCACUUGAUGCAGUUGAGAAACUUCGGCAAGUUUUUGCAGAGAAUGAGCUUCCUCCAAGAUCCGUGAAGGAGGGUCUUUCAAAAGAGUUGGGACUAGAUCCUGAAAAGGUUAGCAAAUGGUUCAAAAAUGCACGUUACUUGGCACUUAAAACCAGAAGGUAUCAAUCAGAAGGAGAACAGCUUCAGAGUUUCACAUCUCAGAUAUCAAAACAUUCUACAUCUCCAAACAUGGAGAAAUCACAAGUCCCCAAAAUUACUUUGAUUCAUUCCCAGAAGGAUGGUCAAAGCAUCACGGGCCAAGAGAAAAAUAAAUUAUGCAACAGUCUUUUGAAGAGAAGGAAGCAAAAACCAUCUCCACCUCUGUCAAGAGAAAACAGCAACAAGGAAUCCAUGGAGAUGAGUGAUGAUGUUAAUUUGAAGAAGCUUUUGAAAGAAAGGAAAAAAAGGGUAAAUUUUAUAUAUGGAGACUCUCAGAUAGCAGAGUUGGAAUUUGAAAGACUGAGCAAAGUGAAGAGUAAAGUAGAUAGCAUGAAGCGAAAACUAAAUGAAGUUCAAAAUUGCAGAGCUAAGGGAUCAACAAAUGAACCCUCUAUUAUAUAUGUUCCCACAGCCCAAUUAAGGGAAAAAGGUUGAGUGAUAAUUAUAUUUUUUACUGUAUUUUUUCACAUCAUGAUAUGAUGUAAGUUUGUUGUAAAUCAA